AUGGCCAACUUCCGCGCGCUGCAGCCUGCUCCUCUAGACGACGAAGCACUGCCUCAGCAGCCGCAGACCAGGCCUGUACUCACACAGAAGCCGAAGAGGACCGUGACCCUGGGUGCCUGUGUUGCCUGCCGAAAACGAAAGUCAAAAUGCGACGGCAGCCGUCCGGUCUGCACAUGCUGUUCGCAAAAAGACACAGAAUGUGUGUACGAGCUGGGCCCCAACGAGAAGCCGUCUCAGGCGAUGAAGAGGAAGAAUGAAGAAAUGCAAGGAGAGCUGUCCAAUCUACGCCAACUCUACGACUUCCUGCGGCUGCGGCCUGAGCAGGAAGCUAUGGAGAUAUUUCGACGCAUCAGAUCAAAUUCAGCUGAUACAUCUCCUUCAUCGCGCAUCCGGGAGCUGGCGGACUUUGUGCGACAUGGCGACCCACCUAGUCGACAGAGCCCUUACCCACCACCCUCUCCAUAUCAGCCUGACAUGGCAAAGUCCGUCACUCUACCUCCGAUUCGUAUUGCACUGGACUCUCCUAGCAGUAACCUGGAUUCGCACAGCCUGCCCUAUCCAGGCAUGAUGCACAUGCAUUUGGAAGGGCCGCCGACUCAACGUCGAAGAUACGACACUGACAUAGACGUCUCAGCACGCUCAGACAGCCAAGGCACACACCCGCGUCCUACCUCGAUAGAUGCCAUUUUACAUCCAACGUCCUCUGUUGAGAGCCACGAUGUUGUAGAUGAAACACCGAUGGAUUCGAGGCUGGCGUCAGCUAGGAAUUGGACGAACGUCACAACUGAUACUAAUCUUCUCGUCUCGAUACUGUCUACGUGGACUACCCGCGAAUUCUGUUACUACCACUACCUUGAUCGAGAUGCGUUCCUUGACGAUAUGGCAAGCGGCCGCUCGCACUUCUGCUCGAAACUGUUGGUUAACGCCGUGCUAGCUACGGCCUGUUCCACCUCGCCUGCUGUCAAAGAUAGAGCCAAGCCCUUCUCGGACAAGUCGAUUGCAACAGCAUUCUACGCUGAAGCAGCACGUCUAUGGGAUGUUGAAGCUGGCACCAGCAGCUUGACCAGGAUACAAGCUGCAAUAUGUCUAUAUCUGUUCCUUGGAAAAGUCGGUCGCGACAAAUCAGGCCAUGUGUUCCUUACAGAGGCAUGCCGGAUGAGCGAGGAAUUAGGGUUGUUCAGCGAACACUCUUCGUAUGCCGAACACAAUUCUCCUUCUGUACCAGAGAGAAAAUGGGAUGUCGUGCGGGCGGUCACAGCUUGGGCUCUGUUCAACUUCCAACUGUAUGCCACAACUCUUGCAGCGAACCUACUGUCAGAUCUGACACAAAUCAGGAACAUGUCAUUCACGUAUUCUUUUCCAGUCAUAAUUCAGAGUGUACCAGCAGUCGCCAUGCCCUACCAACAUAAGCCGGAUGUCGAAGCACUAUUUCGUUCAGAAUGCGCUAAGCAUAUAAUCAUACUCGACUGCGUUGCUGCGAUAAGGAGCUAUAUUGCAGCCGAGGACCAUGCACGGCAUCCAGAACUAAUCGAAGCUUGCUACGCUCGUCUAACAUCCUGGUGGCAUACUAGACCAGCUAGUCUUGAUCCCAAUCAAGAGGACUCAAAAGCUCUCGAUUCUGUCCAAUUACGGCGACUACUAACGCUCCACGAACGUCGACACUGCUGGGGAACCGCGAUCCUCAUCGUUCUUCACCCCAUCACUGUGGCAAGUCUGGGCAGCCUAGACGAGAUUGCGCAAAAAUAUCCAGACCCGAGGGGUGCAGAAAGGAGCGAGUGUUAUCAAGGAGUACUGGUGUGCCUUCGCGCUCUCUGCGCCCUCUCAAGCUUCAGCUAUUACGCACAGCCUCUCCUGCGGCAGCUCACACAAAAGUGCCAAUUAAUGGGCCUACAACUGCCGGACGAUGUGCAAAGCGCGCUUGACCAUUACACAAGUGAAGAGUGGACCCGGAAUGCAGCCAACCUAGUCAGUUCCCAAUACAUCGUGGACACGCGGAAAACGACCGUCGACGGAGAAGGUGCAAGAAUGGACUCGAUCAUCUCGGCAUGGGGAGGCCUGAGUCUGGACGAGAGGGGCAAAGGCAAAGACAGACUUGGCUAA